UGAAAGAAUAAUAAUAAACUUAUGAAAUUUCGUUUAAUGUACCUUUGAGGAGAACUCCACUUUUGAUGUCUAUGUAUAGCACAGCCGACUACAAUGGUGCGACACAAACGUAGACACUGCACGCUCUGGAAAGCAGACCGCAGUCCAGCGUGUCGUUCAGUAAUGAUGACAUUGGAUGCUAUGAACAUCGACGUUCGAGAAGUAGACGUCAACAUGGAUAAAGAGGAACACAAAAGUCCAGGAAUAAUAUCUAUGAAUCCUCUUCAAACGUUGCCGAUCUUAAAGGACAGAGAUCUAGUAAUAAGUGACAGCCAUGCCAUCUCAACUUACCUGGCGACUCGCUACUACACAGAGAUGUCCAAGUUCCUGCUGCCCGCGGAUCCUGGCAGUCGCGCUAUUGUCGACCAAUUCCUGUACUUUAACAGCAGCGUACUUCACCCGCACUACAGGGCGGCUUCUAACCCAAUUCUGGAGGGGUCGCUCCGCAUUGUGGAUGAGAAGAUAAUCGACGGAAUCCACAGUGCGUACGCUGACUUGGAGCGGAUACUAACAAGUCGCUCGUGGUUCAGCAACGGCAGCUGGCCAUCGCUCGGCGACAUUGCGAUUGCAGCCUCUAUCAGCACGCUCAACGUUCUCGUGCCCAUCGACGUCAACAAAUUUCCCAGGCUGUCCAGUUGGCUGCAUCGCAUGUCUGAGGAGAAGUUCUUCUGCACUGCUAAUAAGAAAGGUCUCUGUGAGUUCACUAGAAGAAUAGAAUAUGGAAACUGUUAUAAUCCCAACGAAGCAAAAUAUCCACGGAACUCUGAAGAACGUAGGAACGACUUAUCAAAUACGGAACCCGACAGAACUACCACAAAUGCCGCGUAA